CCUUUUUCAUGGUUUUCAUGUAAUUUUUAGAACAGUAUAUAAAUAAGUAGACCCUUUGUCAGUUUCCAAACAUCCAGUACAAGUUUAAACAAAUGACGGACAACAAUUAAGCUGACAACGCAAGCACAAGAUGAUCAUAGUGUGGCUGAUAUUAAAUCUGUUUCUGCUGAAUGACAAUUUAGUUUUGGCCGAAGACAAUGUGAGUGAGGCUACGCUCAGCUUACAACAGCUACAAAGUGGUUGGCCAUUUCGUCUUGACAUGAAAUCAACGUUCUACCAACCAUUUCAAGAAGUUUUUUUCAACAAAAAUAACACAAACAUUACAUUACAAUACGAGUAUCAGGAUAGUUCAAGAGAUGCUGUGUGGUUAAUAAAAACCAUUCCUACCAAACAAGACGGGAACAUCAACGACUGUUUUGAAUGUUCCUACGACCCAUCCCAUUCCAACAUUAAAUGCAACAAAACCCCAGUAGCUCGCGAGUGUAGCGAAUAUGCUAAGUGCUCUUCCGGUCCUGGGAUACUUUGGUCUUCCUGCAAGGAGUAUCUGAACUCUGUGCAUUUAAGAAACGAGAAUACAACUUGUCUUGGGAGGUGUCUUGUUUUUUACUUUCUGACAACAUCCGUGAAUAAGACAGAAAAUAUGGCAAUGACGUCAGCGUCCAGUACAGGCUUUGUUCAAAGUACUUCAAAAACCCAACCGAUUCCCUCAAUCUCUUGGUCAAGUAGUUUAUCGUCAACGCCAGUGUCGUCACUUGCAUCGCCUGAUUAUUUAACACCUUUAUCUUUGUCUAGUACAAGUCAGCCCCCCUUGAGCAAUACAUCACCGCAGCCUACCACAGCUAAGCUAAUGAACAAUGAGGCUUCCCCAUUCUCAACAGUGUCGCUCAUCUCGUCCUCUGUAGCGGCAAGCGUUGGCACAUUUCUAAUUCUGCUUAUAUUAUUUGUCAUUCGGAGAAAGAGGCGUCACGACUCACGCAGACGUGAUGAAAACGUGGAGGUGACUAAUACAGUAGUCAGUCAUAGAACACUAAAUAGCUUAUCUUACGAGAACGCCUCGAAUGUACACCAGCAAACUUCAAGAGCGAACGAAACAACAGCGUCAUCCCAUGAACACGCUGACUCAGUCAUCUAUACAGAAAUCGCCAGAUCAACUAACAGUCAAUCCAACAGCGCUAACCAUUUUAACGCAGACAAAGACUACAUCCAUGCCGUAGAUGUCAACAAUUACUUUUUAGUUACAGGACUGCACCGAAGUAUUUCUCAGCUCGUCGAAAACGCCUGCAUUUGGGGGGCUGAAACUUCUGAACGUGUCCAUACAAGUGAAUAUUCCUCCAAAGCUGACCAUGACAAUGGGAGGAAACUCAUUGCAAAUAAUGACCACAUAAAUACUAACGCGUGUAAAAUUGAUAAUUGUGUCGCUAAGGUUAAUGAAAAAAAUUGUAUAGAGAAAAAAGAAAGCAGAAAAUUUGAGAAUAACACUCAAAGGUAUACAAAUGAAGCAAAUAAGAAUAAGAAAAGUCGCAAAGGAAAUUCAAGUGCGAGGAUAAAAAACAAUGAAACUAUAAAAAGUAAGACUUCAGAUUUUUUUCCAAGACAGAACGUGAAUGAUAAUCAAUUGCAUGCUGCUGUUACGUUGCAGGCUGAGUGGGAGCGCUCAGUGCAAGAAGGUAGUGAUGGUGUCAGAAAGUAUAAUCCUCUAGAUGCCAGUACAGUAGAGGUGCAUCAGUACUUGCCUCUAGCACAUAAACUGGCCAAUAGAAACGAUUUCAAAAAUGUCCUAGAAGAUGCAAAAGAAACCAUUUCGGGUUCGAACAUAAACUAUGUUGAUUUAGUGGACGACCAGGCUCGUUCUAACACUGUCUCGGAUCACUUAUCUUCUCUUGGCCUGGUCGAUGGCAUGCUGAAGUUAUGUCAAUGACAGUGACA